UACGGAUGCAGAAGUGACUUGGUAGCUAUUAAAUAAGACACCAGAAAGACUUCCCGUUAGAAACUUAUUGUGGAUUGGUGGUGGGUGUAGCUGAUGCUACUGUUUAUGUGAAUUGCAUAGAAUACAAUUCGUAUUAAAUGUUUGAAGAUAAUGUGUGGGAUAGAUUUGAUGAGAUUGAGAAUGAUGAUCUCAUAGUCCCCCAUUCUGGUAGCCCACACAAUAAUCAGUUUGUAAUAGAGGGUGAUGGCAGUAAGAAAUCACUUCACAUAUUACGUGGUAUAAGGAGUAGCAAUCGUGUUAGUAGCUACGGUACUCUGGGUAAAGAGGAAUUAUACUUGCAAAAUAUGACCCAGAAUGAAAGAAUGCCAGAAAAGGAUUCAUGGUCUGAAGGUGUAUUUUCUUCGUGUGACGGUGACUCAUACAAAGAAGAAAAAAGGCUAACUUCGGAUGAUACAGGCAUGUCUGACCAAUUUUUCAAGAGCAACAAUAUAGAUUCUGGUGGCAGCGAGUUUUGUGUAGAUGAUACCGUCUCAGAAAACAAGUGUGUGGUGGAAGAUGAUAGUGCGUGUCAACAUUCAAAAAACCACACAUCUCAAGCUGAUAAUGAACUCAGCUUUCUUGAUAAUGAUGGGUGGUUGGAUAUAGGAAACUUAGAAGAUGUUGACAGGAUGUUAAGUUGUGAUUUAACUUUUGGAAUGGAGAGUCUCAAUAAUGAAGAGGAGUUCUACUGGUUUUCUUCUUCGCAUGGCGCUGAAGGUUCCGAUGAUGCAUUAAUGUCUGACUUAAAGCUUCAUUGUGCAGACGUGAGUCCAUUAAAAAACAUAUCAGGAUACAAUAUGGAUUCCUCCAAGGAAAAUAUUGAAGUUCUUCCGAUCAAUGGUUCGAACAGAAAGUCAUCCCACGAUAAUAAGAAGAUAAGAUCUCAAAUGGAUGUGGAUGUUAACGGUAUCGCUGCUUCACUAUCAAUGUUCAGUGAAUCAGACACAAAAUCCGGUCAUAAAGAUGCAUUGGUGCCCGAAGAAAAGAAGAAGCUUCCAAAGUCAUCAUCAGCAGGAAAGCAAAAAAUUGGCAAUUUUGUUCAUCUUUAUACUCCUCCUGAGAAAUAUGGAGAUAUAAAUCAGCAGUUUGGAGCCUCUUCUAAUGGAGUUACUUCUCUUGAUAGUAAUCAGAAGCAAAAGCAGAACAUAGAUUAUGAUUCUUUAGGCUGCAUGCGGCACUGCCGAGCUCGUUUGUGA